AUGUUAAAAGAAAAUGUGAUAAAUUUCGGUUUAGAAGAUAAAAAUGAAGAAGAAAUGUUGAUGGAAGUCCUUCGAAAGUCACAAGAAGACAUUUUUAAUGAAACAGAGUACAUUGUUAAAGAGCAAAAUGACGCCCAUGUCGAAAGAAUCUCCCUCGAAGUAGAAAAAAAUUGCUUCCAAAAAGAAAAAAUCAUCUUCGAAGCACAAAUCAUCACAGAUCCGCCGCCUUCGUACUCAUCAAAUCACUCCAAACUCUUUUCCUGCGAAAUUUGUGGCAAAACUUAUGACAAAAAGGCCUCUUUCACGUAUCACAUGAAGAGCAAACACACGGAACACAAAGAAUUCCACUGUCUCGUUUGCGGAAAAGAAUUUCCUGUUAAAGUUGACUUCACGCGUCAUCAACGAAUUCACACAAAUGAAAAGCGAUUCACAUGCAGCAUUUGUGGAAAAAGUUUUACAGAUCGCUCGACACAUCUCAAACACGAAAAAAUUCAUCUGGGACUGAAACCGUUCAAAUGUCAGCUUUGCCCGAAGAGCUUUACGCACAAAUUUGUCUUGGAAAAUCACAUUUUAGUUCAUACUGGAUUGAAAAAUUUCCCAUGCACGCAGUGUAAGAAACGUUUUUCGCGGAAAAUUAAACUAAAAGAGCAUUUUUUGAGGAUUCACAAGAGGAAUUUUAGUGUUGAAGAUGAAGAAGAGUUGAAAAAGUUGCAGGAAACGAUAGAACAAAAUCCGGAAUUAUGA